GGGAGAUUAGUCGAGAAGUUUUCAUUAAAGAGAUCUGGUGUACAAUUUAAGACAAGGCGAAAUAAUUAAUACCAGAGAUACACUUUAAGCUAAAAUCGAAAGGGGUACGGUCAGAGUGGAGAGAGAGCACUGGAAUGGGGGAUGGAACGUUCAAUGAGGGGGAAGCUCGAGCUCCUUAUUGGCCAAGAGAAGAGGAGAGAGUUUCAGUGCGUUCGGUACUCUUCGAUUCUAUCGCUACACCAUGAAUAGGCCAUUCUCAAGGGAAGUACCUGAACCUUUCUGUCAAGUGGCGGUGGUGCCGACUGGCUUUCCUGAAAGGGUAUUCACAUUGGCAGAAGCCGAGGAGUUCGGCGACGCGCUAAAUAACUGCGUGGUCAACUACAAAGAAGCACGCAGAAAAAGAAACCUAAGGUUCGUACAACCAAGUUUUCUGUCUUUUUUCAAGAAGAAUGGAGGAAUACUUCUCUCAUGCGAGGACGAAACCACGGUUCGCUGGCUAAAAGUGGCAGUUAAGUUUGUGAAGUUGACAGGUGGUUGCACUAUAAGAAUAGACGAUAAGGAGGCCUUAGAUAACAGGUUCUUAGUUGAGGGUAGAGGCACCCAUUCGAGAUUCGAUGCGAACAAUAUCAUACAGAACCUGGAAAGGUUCAACAAUGAACUAGACGUAUCGAGGUGGAAGGUAGUACGUGAAAAAUUGACGAGAUCCGGGAGAAUAAUAACCAUUGAGAUGGAAGGAAGAUCAGUAGGAAUGCUAAGAAGAAGACGGAAUCGUUUAUCUCUCGACCAAGCUGGCAUACAUAAAUUCACCAUCUUAACGAUCUCACCGGUGGGCCGUACACGGCCAGUACGACAGGUGGAAGUGAUUGAGAUAACCGAAGAAGAUCUUGCAGCAAUACCGAGCAGAGAGAUCCUCGACUCAUCGGACUCUGAUGGAGUCGUUGUGGGCCUGAACGACUCCACAACAAUUGAAGAGGUGUCGUCGCAAUCAAACGCAGGCGAUUCGUUUGACGUCGAUGGAGAUGCGUUCAUCCUGUCGACAGACCUAGAAAAAUUCGCAGGACUUGAGGUGGAGAUCUCGGAGGAGUAUAAGCAGGUUAGGAGGAUAAACUGA